AUGCAGGCCACGGGAAGAGUCCGCACCGAGACGGUGUUCUCUGAAAGGAGCGUGAGAAAGUCGCUCCUGCUAUCAGCUGCUGCCGCCGGUGCGACCGCCUCUCGAUCGAAUGGUGCCGGCGUGCCGGAUAUAUACCGCGACAUGCUCGUGGCGGCGGAUAUAGCGCCGAGCGAGCCGGAAAGACCGCUCAAGAAACGGCGGCCGCCAGGAGCGCGCAGGCCGGAGCUUAGUGGACCAGGGCCUGCCUCGAAGGCGGCGGCAGCGGCGACGGCAGCUUCGAAGGGCCGGCGGGAACCACAGCGGAUUGAUGACAAGACCGGCGCUGGCGUUGCUGACAACGACAGCGACGAAUCAGACAGUGAUGAAAUCGAAUUCGAAGACGUCGCGCUCCCCGACCCCACGAUACAGACAAUGGAACGAGACUCAGACGAGGAGGAAGAUGAUGACGAAGAUGAGGAGCCGAUACAAUUUGAGGAUGUCGACCUUACGCUCAUGAACUCGUUUGGCCUGGGCGAUGUGCAAGAGGAGGAGAAGACACCGAAGGUGCUCGAGCUUGACCUUGCUGCGGCGCAGUCAAAACAGCGUCGACAGGUAGCGGAGCGGCGGAAGCCAAUCAAUAGGGAGGAGAAAGACCGGCGGAUAGUGGUGCAUAAGACGCACCUGCUCUGCCUGCUUGCCCACGUGUCGCAACGUAAUCGGUGGUGCAAUGACCCUGUCACGCAGAGGAAUCUGCGACCGCUUCUAAGCAGCAAGACGAUCGAUUACCUGAACCCCAGCACAGAACUGACGCAGUUUGGACGCACAAAUUCUCUCAAGCGGGGCCUCGAGGACGUCAUGACGAAGUUCAAGACACGAUACAAGAUCACCGAACGUGGUAUGCGAAGGGCCUUGUGGGCAGAGAAGGAAGAACAUCUCAAGAACUAUCAACUGCCAGACGACAUCGAGACACCUCCAGAGAAAAGCGACUUUCGAGAAAUGGCCACAACCCUUGAAGGCUCAAGAGACGUUGGUGCCCAGCUUUUCUGCGCCCUACUCCGCAGUGCCGGGGUCGAAGCCCGGCUCGUUUGUUCACUGCAGCCUUUGGCCUGCACGCCCGGUGCUCCCCCAAUGGGCAAGCCUCCCAAGAGCCGGGGCAGGUUAUCACUGGAAGAGCAGUAUGCGAGAAUACCGAAAUAUGACAGCUCUUUCGAGUCGCCUGUUGCAGCGCCGUCGCCUCUCUCGGCGCGGAGGCGGCUGGGUCAUCCGAAUGCUGCGGCGUUCAACGCGCCAGUCAUGACUGGUCCUGUUGCGUCGAGCUCAUCACUGGCACCCCAGAAGAUUCGAGAGUCGCCUUUCCCAAUAUACUGGGUCGAAGUCCUCGACGAGGCACACCAGAAAUGGCAACCUGUCGAUCCGAUCGUGACUGAAUCGUUCUGGCGCCCGCAGAAGCUGGAGCCGCCAGCCAAUGACCGCGAGAACUGCAUGACGUACGUCGUCGCCUUUGAGGCUGACGGGACGGCCAGGGACGUUACCAGGCGAUAUGCCAAGGCCUACAAUGCAAAGACGCGCAAGAUGAGGGUGGAAAGCGUUGGCGAUAGGGGUGAUCGGUGGUGGAGGAAGGCAUUGCGAGCAUACUCACGCGACUAUGCCACGGACAUGGACCAGAUCGAGAGCAACGAGCUGAACAACUUAGAAGCCAGGGAACCCAUGCCUCGCAAUGUCGCUGACUUCAAGGACCAUCCCGUCUACGCAUUGGAGCGACACCUGCGACGCAACGAAGUCUUGGUUCCUGGAGCCUCGGCAGCUGGAACUGUCGGGGCUGGUAGCACCGGGCCGCUCGAAAAGAUAUAUCGGCGCAGAGAUGUGCGGGUAGCGCGAACCCGGGAGAAGUGGUACCGCAUGGGGAGGACAAUUCGCGAGAACGAGAUACCGGUCAAGUUUGUGCCGAAGAGAGUUCGAAAAGAUAAUCUAUUUGGCGGCGACGACGACGACGACGACGACGACGACGACGACGAGAGCCGUAUGGAUGAUACCGGGGCCGCGGCCGGCAAUCCCCUGUACACGAUCGAGCAGACUGAGCUGUACAAAGCCCCCCCUGUGGUGGACGGUAGGGUCCCAAAGAACCGCUUCGGUAAUCUUGACGUCUAUGUCCCGAGCAUGGUGCCUGAGGGCGGUGCCUACGUCGCCGACGAGUAUGGGGCGCGGGCUGCGUUUAUGCUGGGGAUUGACUACGCCCCAGCAUUGACCGGCUUCCAGUUUCGCGGCAGACAAGGCACGGCUGUUCUGCAUGGCGUUGUUGUGCCCGCCGAGAACGAGGACGCCGUCCGCGCGGUGAUUGAAGGGCUCAAAGACGAGGAGGCCGAAUUUGCGCGGGCAAUGCGAUCUCGCGAGGUGCUAAGGGCGUGGAAGCGCAUGCUCAUGAACCUCCGGCGCAUCUGGGCCGGGGUGGGAUCUGACGAUGACGAGGAGGAGGCACAGCAAGCCAGCAAGUCACAGCAUAAUGAUUACGGUCACGAUAUGGCGGUCGACGGACACGACGUUGGGGACGCCGAGGCAGACGAGGAUGAUGAUACCCAAGGUGGCUUUAUGCGGGAAGCACCGAGUAGCAAUGGCCAUGGAGAGGGCGAGCAGCAGGAUCUGGAGGUGGAUCUUGCGGCCGACAGCGACGAGGAAGAAGGCGGAGGCUUCAUGAUUGACGACGACUACGCUGGUGGUUUCAUCGUGGAGUAA